GCUCAGUCGCUACUUCCGCCCUCUAGUCUCUCCGAGCAAGAUGGCGGAGGAGCCACAGUCUGUGUUUCAGCUUCCUCCCUCAAGUGCUGCUGGAGGCGAAGGUCUUACGGAGGUCUCCCCAGAAAUAACCACUCCGGAGCCCCCUUCUUCCGCUGCAGUUUCUCCGGGAAUAGAGGAACCUGCUGGCGACACCAAGAAAAAAAGUAACUCGGAAGUUUAUUUCCGGGCAGAGAGGCGGGAGGUUCAGAUUGCAUCCGACUAGGGGUGGCGGCCAGUAAAGAAGCAAAAUUUAGAGGAGCACUAGUCCUCGACGUACACUUUGACCAGUCUCAUCAGAAGGAAAGAAGUCUACUUUUGAUUUUUAAGACCUUUGAGUGUUAAAAUACCAUCUCUGUCCAUAGGUGUAGUGCGGGUUACUUGGAUGCCACACCUCUUUUUACAGUGUAUUCUGAGUUGGCCAGACUGCGAGCUCUGUGAAGGAGAGAGGGAGCUUAGUGGGUGUCUCGGUAAUUCCAGGUACUUAACACAGGAACUAAUUAUUUGAGUAGUGUUUUAAGGUGGUAGGGUUGGUCAUUGGCAAAGGCUGGGUUCGAAUUCACGCCUUCCGACUUACUCGCAUAUACUGUUUUCCCCCUCCCAAUUCGUUGUGAAUUCACGCCAGAAACCCAAAACGGAAUUCUUAGGCAAAAUGAAGACUGCUAAGGAAAAACUAAAGGCAUAAAUGUUACCUUUUUAAGAAACACGUUUUGGAACCUUUGUGAGUUAUUUCAUUGCUUGAGCCAGCUAUCCUCAACCUUUUAUUGCUUGAGAAUUAGUUCGCCGUUGUAAAAUACAGAGAUUGCUAAGGUUACGUGUUCUAAAGCAGUCUGUGUAGAGUUAGAGUUGCCUAUGAGAAAAGCAGCAUGUAAACAUCUUCAAUGCACAGAGGCUGAUUUUGUCCUAGACUAGUUUUCCCAGCUCACAAUCUUAAGAUGACUGUGGUCUCUGGCCGGGCGCAGUAGCUCACGCCAGUAAUCGCAACACUGGGAGGCCGGGCGG